ACACUCCUGCCAGGCUGAACACUGGCUUGUUCCCAUAUAUGUCCUCCUGGAUCUUUUAUCAUGCUAUUUCUGAUUCCAGAAAUGCCCUCCCCACCACAUUCUUUUUUCAGAACUUUACCUAUCUUAAAUGCUACAUUUCCUCUUCCCCAGAUACCUCUGCCCAGCCCUGAUCGGAUCUCUGUGUCUCCUCCAAAGCCUUCUACAAAGUAUUCUGCCUUUGUUUCCUUUUCCGACAGUGAGUUCCAGUAAGAUUCUAAACUACCUGGUUUUAUUUCUGUAUUCUAAUUAGGCAACCAAAAAAAUAUUGGAUGGUGAUAAUUAGGAAAAAAAAUUGGAAUAGGGAAGCAAAACAUAGAUAGCAAAGUGCAGAGGAAAGUUAGUUUUUUGUUUUUUUUCUUUUUUUUUGCAAAACAGACUCUGGAAUGACAAGGAGUGGAAGGAAAGGAAGCUUGGCUCUUAGAAGAGCAAUCACCUCAGUGACCUCUGCGAAAGUGGCCGUGAAUGGUGUUCACCUGCACUAUCAGCGGACUGGAGAGGGAGACCACGCAGUGCUGCUGCUGCCUGGGAUGCUAGGAAGUGGAGAGACUGAUUUUGGACCGCAGCUUAAGAACCUGAAUAAGAAGCACUUCACGGUGGUCGCCUGGGAUCCUAGAGGAUAUGGACAUUCCAGACCCCCAAAUCGAGAUUUUCCGAUAGACUUUUUUGAACGGGAUGCAAAAGAUGCUGUUGAUUUGAUGAAGACACUGAAGUUUCCGAAGGUUUCUCUUCUGGGAUGGAGCGAUGGGGGGAUAACAGCACUUAUCGCAGCUGCAAAAUAUCAAUCUUACAUCAGCAAGAUGGUGAUCUGGGGGGCCAAUGCCUACGUCACCAGUGAGGAUGAAGUCAUCUACCAGGGGAUCCGAGAUGUUUCUAAAUGGAGCGAGAGAACAAGAAAGCCUCUAGAAGCCUUAUAUGGGUAUGACUACUUGGCUCAAACCUGUGAAAAGUGGGUGGACGGCAUUCUGCAGUUCAAACAUCUGCCAGACGGUAAUAUCUGUCAACACUUGCUGCCCCUCGUUCAGUGCCCCACUUUGAUUGUGCACGGGGAGAAGGACCCAUUGGUCCCACGUUUCCAUGCUGACUUCAUCCACAAACAUGUGAAAGGGUCAUGGUUGCAUCUGAUACCCGAAGGAAAGCACAACCUGCAUUUACGUUUUGCAAAUGAAUUCAACAACCUAGUAGAAGACUUCCUACAGUGAAAUAUCAUUGAGAAGUUUUGUGAGUCCUGGUGAUUCCUUGGCGUGGAGCCUUGAUCAUGUUGUUGCCUGUGAUCCUUACCUUUGAAAUCCCAGCCGAGUCCCACCUCAAUUCACCUGCCUUCCUGGGCUCUCCACACCUGCUACUCACUACUAGUGAUCAAUGUGGAUUGCUCUAAAAGCAAGCAAUAAUGACAGUGAAGACAUUCUCUAGUUUUAAUAGCUAUAAAAAAAAAAAGUCUGAUUUUUAACACUAAGUUAUAAAUUUCUACCAUUGUCUUAAAAUAUAUAUUCCUACCAUGAUUUGUUUUACUUUCAAAUAAAUUUUUUCAGUCUGACCAUUUGUAGUGUUCAUGACUGCUAUUUUAGGAGACCUUGAACUUACACCGUGCCUUUUAUCUGAGAAGUACAAGCAUUCACUUCCUUUUCCUUAUAUUUAUCACAUCAAGGAGAAAAAGAGUAGAAGAAAAUCUUUAAGUUCCUCGCUUUACAGACCCAUAGACUACCUGGGGCUACAGCAAACAAGGGAGUAAGUUUGCUUUAUCUCCAAAUCACUCUUCACACCUCGUUCACUUUUUUGUGUAUUUUUUUAAAUCUUAUGUUUUUUAUGUUCCUGGUUCACUUUUGAGACAUCUCCUUACUUCAACACUUUGGGCCAGUGAAUAUUACAGAGUCUGUAUUUUUAUCUAUCUUUAUUAAAAGGGCAGAACCCUUGCCGUCAAGUCGAUUCCAACUCAUAGCGACGUUAUAGGCAGGAAGGCUAUU